AUGGUUUCAGCCGGGAGGCAGUUUCUGGGCUUCAGUCUGGCGGCCGCCGGCCUCCUGGGCAGCGUGGUGGCCUGCGCUCUGCCCACCUGGAGGGUCACGGCGUUCAUCGGGGCCAACAUCGUCACGGCGCAGGUGGUGUGGGAGGGUCUGUGGAUGAACUGUGUGUCACAGAGCACGGGCCAGAUGCAGUGCAAGGUCUACAGCUCGCUUCUGUCUCUGUCUCGGGACGUCCAGGCAGCCAGGGCGCUCACCGUCACCGCCGCGGUGGCCGCUUUGUUCGGGAUGCUCGUCGGCUCGGUUGGGGGCCGCUGCACCACCUUGGUGGCUGACGGCGCGCAGAAGGUCAAGCUGCUGACCUCAGCGGGGAUUAUCUUCGUCCUGGCCGGGCUGCUGGUUCUGGUCCCCGUCAGCUGGACGGCGCACAUCAUCAUUCAGGAUUUCUACAACCCCAUGCUGAUCCCUGCCCAGAAGCGGGAGUUGGGGGCGGCUCUUUAUGUUGGCUGGGGCUCAGCAGCGGCCCUGUUUCUGGGCGGAGGUCUCCUGUGCAGCUCUUGCCUGUCCCAAGACGACAGAGACUACGAUGUUACGUACACCAAGGCCCCAGCUGAGAAGAGCAGCAGGUCCUACGUGUAG